UUUGCGUUGGUUACGACACACUCUUGUCAUCCAAAUGUAAGAGGACGCUGCUUCCUGGUGUGUACUCAAUAAUGGACUGACUGAUGAGCCAGGUCGAGGUGAACUUGUCCUCACUUUGAUCUGCUUCUCUGAGUCCACCGCUCUGCGCACACUGGCAGGAAAAGAAACACUAUCAGGUGGAAAAAUGUCAGCCGUAAACAAAUCCAAGGAAGAUGAAGGCAACUUCUCCACAAAGGUCAUCAAGAUUGUGUUUAUCAUCCUGCUGCUGGACCUGCUGGGAUUCACUCUGAUUCUACCUCUGCUGCCUUCUAUUUUGGAUCACUAUGCAGAAAGCGGGGAUGGUGUGUAUCAGUCUCUUCAAACUGUUGUGGACUGGUUCCGGGAGGCUGUUGGGAUUCCUUUGGAAAAGAAAUACAACAGUGUCCUGUUUGGAGGUCUGAUUGGCUCACUGUUUUCUCUGCUACAGUUCCUGGCAUCACCUGUAACCGGGGCUCUGUCAGACUCAUAUGGCCGGCGACCCCUGCUUAUGCUCACCACAUUAGGGCUGAUGUCCUCCUAUGCAGUCUGGGCUGUUUCCCGGAGCUUCAGCAUGUUCCUUUUGUUUCGGGUAAUUGGGGGCAUUUGUAAGGGCAACGUCAGCCUCUGCACUGCCAUCAUAGCCGACCUGCCGUGCCCGAAAGCACGGAACCGAGGAAUGGCCAUGAUCGGCGUUGCCUUCUCCUUGGGCUUCACUGUGGGGCCUCUGAUGGGCGCUUACUUUGCUAUCACCUCCAAAGCAACAGGAAAUGUCUUCUACCUCACUCCAGCUCUGCUCGCCCUGGCUUUCAGCACUGCCGAUCUGCUCUUUAUUUGGCUGAUGGUGCCAGAAACAUUAACAAAGGACGUCAAGGCUUUGUCUUCAGGCUGUGGGGACUGCAGGGACCUGCUGCAUCCAUUAUCCUUGUUCUAUUUUGCAGCUGUUAGUAAGAAAAAAGAUCAACUUUCAAGAAACGGAAUGCAAAGCCUUCGAGUGCUGGGGCUGGUUUAUUUCUGCUACCUCUUCCUGUUCUCUGGUCUGGAGUUCACCUUAAGUUUUCUUACUCACCAGCGUUUCCAGUUUACAAGCAUGGAGCAGGGAAAGAUGUUCUUCUUUAUUGGUGUCAUCAUGGCUUUAAUCCAGGGUGGUUAUGCUCGCAGAAUAAAACCGGGGCAGCACAUCAGGGCUGUUCGUAUGGCAAUCAUAGCAUUGAUCCCAGCCUUUGUAAUCAUUGGGUUAUCGUGGAAUGUAACAAUGCUGUACAUUGGGUUGUCACUGUAUUCCUUUGCGGCUGCCAUAGUUGUCCCCUGCUUGUCGACUCUAGUUUCUGACCAUGGCUCAGCCAGUCAGAAGGGCACUGUGAUGGGGAUUCUGCGUAGUUUGGGUGCCCUGGCCAGAGCGUUGGGCCCAGUUGUGUCCUCCUCAGUGUAUUGGAUUGCUGGAGCACAGACCUGCUUUCUUAUCACAUCGGCCUCCUUCGUCUUGCCCUUAGCUCUCCUGGGCAUAGCCAGGAGACUAAAAGAGGAAUGAGCAACUUAAAGACUUUUUAAAAAAACCUUGUGUUUGCAUCAAUGCAAUGAUGUUUACAUCUUUUGGGAAAGCAAGCACUAAAUUCACAGUAAUAGGAUGUUUACUUUUCCAUGCUGUUGGCCAAAGAUCAAAAAAUGAAACAAAAUGAUAUGAGAAGAUGGUACAAAUACCAAAAACGAAUGAAUGAACAUAAUGUUGUUUGUGUGUUCAUAUAGACCGGUGUGUAUUGUAGACUGGGUGGAUUAGAAGGAAUUCCAUGUGAUAUUAGUGCUCCCGGUACACAGAUAUUUUUGUAAUGUUGUAUUUUAUUAAUCACUAAGAUUUUCUAUUUUGCAAAGGAUACUUUAGCAUUAACACACAUAAAACCUUUUGAUGUUCUAUUCUUUACUACAGAGAAUGAAACAUCAGUCCAUGGCAAUGAACAGUUAUCUUACUUUGAACCUUUUGUAUAAUUUUUCUAAUUCAUUUUAUGUGAACUACACAUUAAAUACUGUACUUCAAGUACAGCUUUGAUCAACAUCUUUAUGCUUUAGUAUUUGGGUCUACUUAAUGUUUUUGCUGCAUACA